CUUAGUCCUUUUGUGUACAGUGAAUUUGCCAGAGAGAGAAAUCUUCAUGUUUCAUUACUUGAUCGUCUUUAUGAACAUUGCCCUGCAGAAUUUCCUUGCAGGAUCUUGCUGUGUGAGAACUAUCGCUCCCAUGAAGCUAUCAUCAAUUAUACUUCUGAGCUUUUUUAUGAGGGCAAAUUGAUGGCCAGUGGAAAACAGCCUGCACACAAAGAUUUUUAUCCUCUGACGUUCUUCACAGCACGAGGAGAAGAUGUGCAAGAAAAGAAUAGUACUGCUUUUUACAACAAUGCAGAGGUAUUUGAAGUAGUAGAACGUGUUGAAGAAUUGAGGAGAAAGUGGCCAGUAGCCUGGGGAAAGUUGGAUGAUGGCAGCAUAGGUGUUGUAACACCAUAUGCUGAUCAAGUGUUCCGGAUUCGGGCAGAGCUUCGGAAAAAAAGAUUGUCUGAUGUCAGUGUUGAAAGAGUGUUAAAUGUUCAGGGAAAGCAGUUUCGAGUGUUGUUUCUCAGCACAGUACGAACACGGCACACUUGCAAACACAAGCAAACAGCAAUGAAACGGAAGGAACAUUUAUUGGAAGAUUCAACAGAGGACUUAGAUUAUGGUUUUCUGUCCAAUUACAAACUUCUCAACACAGCCAUUACAAGAGCACAGUCCCUAGUAGCUGUGGUGGGCGACCCAAUCGCUUUAUGUUCCAUUGGAAGAUGCAGGAAAUUUUGGGAAAGGUUUAUUGCCCUGUGUCAUGAUAAUGAAAGUCUUCAUGGUAUCACAUUUGAUCAGAUCAAGGCUCAGUUGGAAGCUCUGGAAUUAAAGAAAACCUAUGUACUGAAUCCACUGGCUCCUGAGUUUAUUCCACGGGCUCUGCGACAGCAGCAUUCGUCAAACACCAAUAAACCACAGCAAUCUCCACCAAAGGUAAAAAGCCAUCAUCAUAACCACAGUGACCAUUUUCACAGUGAUGGAAUUGUUCAGCCAACUGCUUCUGUCUUAAUUGGAAAUCCUGUCAGAGCAUAUACGCCACCACUGCCACCCCCUCCUCCUCCUGGGCCUCAUCCUAACCUUGGGAAGUCUCCGAGUCCUGUACAGCGGAUAGAUCCUCACACUGGGACAAGCAUCCUUUAUGUACCUGCUGUUUAUGGAGGAAAUAUGGUCAUGUCUGUGCCUUUACCUGUACCAUGGACAGGGUAUCAGAGUAGAUUUGCAGUUGAUCCUCGAAUCAUUACUCAUCAAACAGCCAUGGCAUAUAAUGUGAAUCUUUUACAAGCACAUGGACGUGGAUCCCCCAUUCCCUAUGGUCUUGGACAUCAUUCACCAGUUAGUAUAGGACAACAGCAGCUUCAUCAUUCAGAUAAAGAACAACUUGAACUAAAUCGAAACAGCAAAAAUGAACCUGGUGCUGGACCUGAAGUCAGCAAAAUGCGGACAACUGAGAAAAACCCUUUAGAAGCCAAACAGGUUGACUUAGAAGGAAAUUCCCAAAAUAGAAGCCCUGAAUCGCGUUCCAGUACUUCUUAUCCUAAUUCUAAAUUUCACCGCAAAGAUAAUCUUAACCCCAGGCAGCUGAACAUUCAUCUCACUCCUCCCCAUGCCCAGUAUGCUGUUCCUAGCCGCCCCUUCCAGCACUUAACCCAAAUUUCAAGGCAUCCAUAUCCUGUGCAACAGCAACAAAACCUCUUAAGUCAACAGCAGAAUCAUUUGUCUGAACAACAAAACCAAAUGCAUCCUCCACAGAGCCAGAUAGUCCAGCAACACAAUCAUUUAAAUCAGCAGCCACAACCACCGUCUUCACAGCUCUCUCCCGCCUUUCAAACUGGCCCCAACCAGUCUUUCUUUAAAAAUCCAGUUCCACAUAGACCUCAUUCCCCUGGUACAGACACUUCAGUUUUAGAACAGCUCCCUCCAUCUGUGCUGCAAGAUGUCAAUAGCCCCCUGAGACCCAUUGCACAGCAUAACCUCAUGAUGCCAUCCCAUUUGAACCACUUCAUUGAAGAGAAUCCUCCAGGAGUGUCUAUAGGAGAACCGUUAGAUCGUAUUCAUGGAAAUUUAGCUUUGGAAACCUUAAGGCAACAGCAAGCAAGACUCCAGCAAUGGAAUGAGCAUAACGCCUAUCUCAGUCAGGGCAACAUUCCUUAUUCUCACCAUCACCACCCUCACUUAUCCCACCUUUCUCAGCAGUCGAUGGGAUUGCAUCAGCAGCCAGUUAGGGCAAACUGGAAACUUGCCAACAAUAUGGAAGAGGAAACUGAGGCAACAUAUUCAAGAUUCCAGGAUUUGCUUCGAGAGCUCUCACACCGUGAUCAAACUGAAAACAGGGACCUCGUUGAAAUGCCGCCACCUCAAUCAAGACUUUUGCAAUACAGACAAGUGCAGCCCAGAAGUCCACCAGCACUCCCCUCUCCUACAUGCAACUCAAACCACAGCGGCCACUUUCCUAACUUCUCUGAGAGUAGAGACGUUGAAAUAUCUAACAAUCCAGCAUUUCAGCAGCAUUUGCCUCAAAUGUACAAUCCCCCUUUCUCAGUGCCAUCUGAACACAUAACCCCACCUUCCUUGAAAUAUCUGCAGCCAGAUGGAUCAUGGACCUAUGCUAAUUUACACCAGAGUCAUCUCAUGGGGCAAGGCUUUCAUUAUGGUAUACCUCCAUUGCCUCAUAGAUCACAACCGAACCCUUUUAUACAAAUACAAAAUCAUCAGCACGCGGUUGGUCAGGAACCAUUUCACCCCCUCACUUCACGAGCAGUAUCUGCUUCUUCGCUGCAUAGCUUAGAAGAGUAUGAACCAAGAGGACCUGGCAGGCCAUUGUACCAAAGAAGAAUGUCAUCUAGUUCAACCCAGGCUUGUUCUGAAGGUUUAAAUACUCCUCCAGAUAAUCUUGGACAGUGUCAAGAGCUUCAGGACCAGAGUAACCCAUCCGCUUUCAAUUAUUCACCCCCUGAAUGGUGGGUCAACUCUACUUCAUCAGCCCCAUAUCAGAACAUUCCAUGCAAUGGAUCCAACAGAGCAAUCCCACCAAGAGAACAGUUAGUUCCUCCGAAGACUAUCAAAUCCCCCGAGGAACAGAUGAAGGUUGAAAACAUCCCAUUGUCCAGUUCUUUUAACUACAGUGUGCUCCAACAUCUUGGCCAGUUCCCACCCCUCAUGCCCAACAAGCAGAUUGUGGAGUCCAGCAGCAACAGCCAGCCCAGUGCUGGGUUGAACAAACCUGCCAUGUCCUACGCAAGUGCUCUGAGGGCUCCUCCAAAGCCCAGACCCCCUCCAGAGCAGGCAAAAAAGAAUAGCGACCCCUUGUCUCUGUUUCAGGAACUUAGCCUAGGUAGUUCAUCAGGUAGCAAUGGCUUCUACUCCUAUUUUAAAUAAUCAGACUAUUUUUGUAGAGACAUUUUAAUUUUUAUUUCUGUGAGUAGAUUUAAGAUAGCUGGGGCUGCUCCUGCAGGCACCAUCGUUUCUCUUUGUUUAUACUAGUAAAUAUAUCUUGGUUUAAUGGCUUUGCUGCUAGACUUGAAGCUAAUUCUUUUUAAAUUAUAUUCCACUAUUUUACUUUCUUUUUGAUGUGGGUCAGAAGUUUGGAAAAAAUCCCUAGAAAAAAACUUUUAAAAAUUAUGUAACUUUAUCUAUGUGUUGCAUUAAAGCUAGCAGCUGAAAAGUUAACUGUGCAACUUUAAAAAAUAUAUAAACAUUUUAAAAAAAAGUUGUCUAAAUUGUAUUUAAAAAUGUAAGUAGCAUUUACAUUUAUUCAAUAACAUUUAGCAUACUGUGCUGGGUUUCUGUACCAGAAAUGGCCAGUUAAUGUACAAAUGUAUGUUAUGUCUGCUUAAAUUGUUUAUUUUUUUUUUUAAAUAAAGAUGCAGCAUCUUAUAUUUACAUCCAGUUUUAUCAGCUUUCUGUGAAGGGAUGCUGCAUUCUAAGACUUUUAUAGUUUUAGAAUCUGUACAAUGUGGUAAUAGUAAUUUCCUUUGUAGGACGAAGUGAAGGCCUUUGCUGCAGACCCAGAUACCACUCCUUUGCGAUUAAACAAAAAAAUAGUGAUCAACCUAAAGAUGAAAAAUACAUGUUUUAUUUUUGGACAAGCUACUCAUUCAGCUUGUUGGAGGGAUUAAUUUAAUAGGUUUUUAAACAGAAAUCAUGAAACGAUAAAAAUUGCUACAUUGGGUGCUUGGUAGUUUAAUAGCUAUUUAAAAAAUCCAAUUGAGUAAAUUUAAGAAAAAGAAUUGGAUCCCCCUCCCAACUAUGCACGUUAAAUGCUUGUAAUCUGGUUUCUUCCCCUCUGACUUUUCUAGUGGCUUUAAGGGUUUUUCUUUUUCUUUUUUUCAGUAAAAUAUUUUGGUACCUUAUUUGAUGUUUACAGUAAAUGUGAAAUUAUCCACAAAUAUUCAAAUAUUUUGCUAACUGUUUUGUUUGAGGAACAUCAUUAAAGAAGAUUUUUAUGUUUGCCAAAGCUGUAUCCAAAUUAAUCCCAGCCUUGGGGAGAAGAAUUGUGGGGAAGGUGUGGGGAAGCAAUAUGAAUGACGUGGUUGUUUAUAUUCUUGUAUCUUCUGCCAAGGCCUUUGGCCACUAUAUAUUGAAAGAAAAAUCUAUACAAGACUGUACAGCAAUAUGUUACAAAAUUUGGGGGGGAAAUAGGGUAAUAUUUACCUUCAAGGUUUUGGUCUUGUACACUGUUCAUACUUUUGAAAGAAAUCUUUUUUAACUUCAACAGAGGCAUGUCCUUCUUUACACUUGAAAAGAUCUCUUUGAUCAGGGACAUUAAUUUUUUAUCAACUAUUUAUUUUAAGUUCCCACUAUAAGACACACAAGUAACAUUUUCAAAAACACAAUAAGUUUUAAAGUUUCUUCCCAUAACUGUUGAAAACGGGGCUUGCUUUACUGGGAUGUGUGUUUUUGUUUUGUUGGGCUACUGUAUUUGCUGCUGUAUUGAAUCUAAUGUUUGCUUUUGUUUCGGUCCCUUCAUUCCUGUUGGAUUUUAUACAUUGUGAUGGUGAAAUCUCAGUUUGACUGAAAUCAGUGUCACUUUUCUUGCUGAUUUCAGAUAAUUAAGGAACUUUCUAUAAAAGAUAUGCAUACUAACUUAAUGUGCUGCAAUAUUUUAAUAGCUGCUGGGUUCAGAAAUGGGUAAAGCUAAAUAAAGCUGUUAUAAAACCAAACAGAAUGAAAGCAGAAGAUUCUGCUCAGUUUUGUUUAGCACCCUGAGGACACAUUCAGGGUGUUAGCAUUCAGUUAGUCAGCUCAUGCUGUCCUCAGGUUAUAUAAACCAGGAUUUUAUUAGUCCCACUUAAAUAUCUGAAGUUAUUUCUGUUGAUUCUCAGUCCUGCCCUGAUUACUACUGAUAAAAAUUGUUGAGGACAAUUUGACCUAAUGAAGAAUUCUUAGUAGCAUGUAGAAAGCUAUAGUCGUGGUUUGCUUAUAGCUCAAAUACAUUCACUUUCAAUCUAGCACUCUAACUUCAGAGAUUUCAAAUUCUCACACUUAAUAGUCUUACUAUUCUGUUCACCUGGUCUGAAACUUAAACCAAUCAACACUGCUUGGUCAAUUACUUUGAUCUGUGAGUUAGUGAAGUUAGGAAGAAGGUGUAGUCUUCAGUCUGUUUAAUCUAUAUCAUAGCUUUUCUCAAGAGUUAAUGUGGAGUUAAUAGGUUAUAGAUUGCAAUAAGAUGUGGCAUAUAUGCGGAUCCCCAGGAAGGUGGUUUCUGAAUUUUCUAUCACCAAAUACAUCAGUAUUGUGGUGUUAGCAAUUUCAAAAAAAAAGAGUUUUGCAAGUGCACAAAAGCUCCAUGUUUUCGCAAUUCAGUUCCCAUUUACAUUGGAUCAUAGAAAAAUUCUUAUAUUCUGUGUUCAGACUGCUGGUUUGUUAUGCUAAUAUUGGAGAAAUUUUACUUUAAAAGCAGAUCACAACAUUCUCACUGACUUUAGGCAUGAUGGACCUUGAUUUUUCAGAUCAGUGAAUUAUACCAUUACAGUAAUAAAAGGCAUACAUGUAAUCAAUUAUUGUAACAUCUGAUUAUCCUGAUUAUUAAGAACAUAUUGUUGGAGCUAUUCUAUAUUUACGUCUCUGAUUCUUAUUCAAAUUAUAUACUUUUUAUAAAUCCCUCUUUUCUCCCACUUCAAAGAAGGUUUUCUUCAUUAUUUCAUUUCACAAUUACUUUAUCACUGUGGGAACAAACAACUACUUUAGGAGCAUGUCAUAUAUCACACAGAAUGUUAGAAUAGAUUAGUAAAGUUAAAAAAUGUAAUUCUCUUAUACUUGGUACUACAUAAAGAAAAAAGCUGCUAAAGUUUGAUAUAUGAACCAUGUUGGUUGACAUUACAAUUGAAAAGCUAGUUAGAAUAAUAAGUACAUUUCUUCUAGAUGAAGGAUUCAUUUUGCAGGAAGUAUCCAGUCCUGUAAAUUCAGAAAUACGAAACUGAAAACUGCUUACUAUGACUUGAAGCUUAAAGUUAAAUGGUUCUUGAAGACAACUUCUCAGCAUUUAUUUGUAACUCUGAAUUCUCAACCUUCUGGGUGUGGGUGUGUAGGUUCCAUGUUCAGAAGUUAUUUUAUUUAUUAGCUGUUGAUGUUAUAAUCCUUGGCUGUAUCUGAGGGUACAUCUGAUACCCAUUCCAGUCAAUCUACUCUCAGUGACUUUGGGUCUAUUUUCCAGCGUAAAGAGGACCUAUGGUUUACUUAUAAAAUUUCAGUAAAAUAGAAAGAGUCGUGUUUUGAAAUGUCACCGAUUGAGAGUCCCAGCAGAUGGCCAUUCUCUAUGGCUUCUACUUUAUAUGAAAGGGCAUUUUUAAAAGGCCCACACCGUGCACUGCAGGCAUGGGAGCAUUCCUGCCUGUUCCUUAGGGGAUCCCAGCCUCAGCUCCUGAGCGCAUGUGUGUCUAUUCAGCCUGAAGUGUCGUGAUAAGUACUUGCUGGGGAUGACAGAGCAGAAGCACACAGGGGUUCCCAGGAUAAUCAUGCCAUUUUAAUUUUAGUUGUUUGCUACACCUAAGCCUGUCUUUCAGAGCUGUGUGAAAAGUGACCCUGAGUUAUAAAGCUUCAAAAUUAAAGGCAAAGAGUAUUUAGAAUGUCAGUGAGCAGAGAAAAUGUCUGCGUUGAAUAAAAUGUCAUAGGUUUGAGAACAUACUUAUCGUAUGUUCUCAUGAAUAAGUCAAGAGUUUUAGGUGUCAAAAUACAGCCCCAAAAU